AUGGAGCACUGGAAGAUGGUGUAUCAGCAAUCCAUUGGAGUUGUCUGCAAUCUAGACUGGCCGAGAUCGAAUUUCUUGGUGCAGGUGCUCGAUGAUUCUGACGAUGCUGCAACUUCUGCUCUUAUUAGAGAGGAGGUUGAGAAAUGGCAACGGGAGGGUGUUCGGAUAUUGUACCGGCACCGGGUGAUCCGUGAUGGCUACAAGGCUGGAAAUCUCAAGUCUGUCAUGAACUGCAGCUACGUGAAAGACUAUGAGUUUGUUGUUAUCUUUGAUGCUGAUUUCCAACCACAAGAAGAUUUCGUGAAGCUAAUUGUGCCCCAUUUCAAGGAUGUUGGACUAGUUCAGGCAAGGUGGUCUUUUGUAAACAAGAAUGAGAACUUGUUAACUAGGCUGCACAACAUAAAUAUGUGCUUCCACUUCAAGGUGGAACAACAGGUUAAUGGGGCAUUCCUCAAUUUUUUCAGUUUCAACGGAACCGCGGGAGUGUGGAGAAUUAAGGCGCUCGAGGACUCUGGAGGAUGGACGAAGAGAACAACAGUUGAAGACAUGGAUAUUGCUAUUCGAGCACAUCUAAAGAGAUGGAAGUUUCUCUAUCUUAACAAUGUUGAGUGCCAGUGUGAAUUGCCGGAGUCAUAUGAAGCAUACAGAAAACAACAACAUCGAUGGCAUUCUGGUCCAAUGCAGUUGUUUAGACUCUACUUUCCGCUUGUUAACAAGAACGAUAUUGGGUUCUGGAAGAAAUUCAACCUGAUAUUCCUUUUCUUUCUGCUCCCAAAACUGAUUCUGCCCUUCUAUUCUUUCACUCUCUUCUGUGUCAUACUUCCAAUGACAAUGUUUGCUCCUGAAGCUGAGCUACCUGCCUGGGUGGUGUGCUACAUUCCAGCACAAAACCAUGGCCGCUUGCUUGCUUGGCGGCGGCGGCUUGCUGGACGGCGGCGACGAGCUGCAGGCCUUUCGACGGUGUGCGUUCAGUGGGAGGAGACAUUCCCGUCGACUACAAAGGCAUCUGUGGUGACUUCGUCAAUUUUAAGAUAA